ACGCAUGCGCAGAAGCAGUUCUGUGCUCCCCUCUACUUUAUGCUAACAGGCUGAGCUCCAGUAACGGUCCGGUUCGGUCCAGCAGACAUCUUGCCUCCGCCGUCACCUGGUUCAUCCUUGUGUUCACCCGGGUCAGACCGUUGUCCCGGUACCGGCUCUGACCCGGGACUUGAGCGGACAGCGGUAGUGACGGUUAUCGUCUGCGGCUAGUGUUAGCCCCGAGAAUCAAAACAAACCGAGCUAACGGAGGCUAACGGUGUUAGCCGACAACAUGGCGACAGACGAGAAGAAACCAGAGACAGAAAACACCAAGGCGCCUCCAGCGACCUCUGGAUCCGGCAGCAAGUCCAGUCCAGCCAAACCAAACUACACUGUCAAGUUCACCUUGGCCGGACACACAAAGGCCGUGUCCUCCGUCAAAUUCAGUCCCAAUGGAGAGUGGUUGGCCAGUUCCUCUGCUGAUAAGUUGAUAAAAAUCUGGGGAGCGUACGAUGGAAAGUUUGAGAAAUCCAUCGUUGGACACAAAUUGGGCAUCUCUGACGUUUCCUGGUCUUCAGACUCCAACCUGCUGGUGUCAGCCUCUGACGACAAAACACUAAAGAUCUGGGACAACAACUCUGGAAAGUGUCUGAAGACUCUUAAAGGCCACAGUAACUAUGUGUUCUGCUGUAACUUCAACCCACAGUCCAACCUGGUGGUGUCUGGAUCGUUUGACGAGAGCGUCCGGAUCUGGGACGUGAAGACGGGAAAAUGUCUGAAGACUCUUCCAGCACAUUCUGACCCUGUGUCCGCUGUUCAUUUCAACAGAGAUGGUUCACUCAUCGUAUCGAGCAGCUACGACGGCCUGUGUCGUAUCUGGGACACAGCGUCGGGACAGUGUCUGAAGACUCUGAUUGAUGACGAUAAUCCUCCGGUGUCUUUUGUGAAGUUCUCUCCAAAUGGAAAAUACAUCCUGGCUGCGACUCUGGACAACACACUGAAACUGUGGGACUACAGCAAAGGAAAGUGUCUGAAAACGUACACUGGACAUAAAAAUGAGAAGUACUGUAUCUUUGCAAACUUCUCUGUGACAGGAGGGAAGUGGAUCGUGUCGGGCUCUGAGGACAGUAUGGUUUACAUCUGGAACCUUCAGACCAAAGAGAUCGUCCAGAAGCUACAAGGACACACAGACGUGGUGAUCUCUACGGCCUGUCAUCCCACAGAGAACAUCAUUGCCUCGGCUGCUCUGGAGAACGACAAGACCAUCAAACUGUGGAAGAGUGACUGUUAGAGACCAGACCAGACCAGGUCCUAGUGAGUCCCAGUGGGUCCCCAAUAGUUCCAGUGGGUUCUGAGGGGUCCCAGCGGGUCCCAGAGGGUCUCGGUGGGUCUGAGUGGGUCCCGGUGGGUCUCAGUGGGUCCCAAUGGGUCCCGUCUUCGCUGCAGAUUCUCUCAGUCCUGUUGGUUUCCAUUGGUUUCUAUUCGUUUCCAUUUGUUUCCAUAAUGCGAACCUUUAAAGGACAAGUUCACUGUUUAUUUUCUGAAAUCGGAUCAGUUUUCCAUUCAGACAGAACAGUCUGACAGUUUUUAGAGAAGACAGAGAUCUCAGAUUUAGUUGAAAACAUUGGUUAGUUUUUCUUUUAAAAACUCAUGUUGGUUCCGUUUAGUUAAAUUCUAUUGGACUGUUCUUGUUCUUAUUUUUUUAUUUUUUAUUUUUUUUUAAAUUGUCGGACAGUUCCGACACCCAAACAGAUGUUUUCAUGGUACAUGAACAGAACCAUGGUCCAGUUUGAUCCAGACCAAGACCACCUGUGAACCCACUGUUUGGUCCACGUCGUGGUCUGGGUCUUAAAAUCUAGAACCUGUGACAGAACCGUUGAAUGGAGUCAUGAAGGUGGAGUCAGUGACGUUUACAUGAGAAUAUGGAUAUAAAAUCAGUUCUGUCUGAUCAGAUCUGCUCAUUUGCACAGAUCCUGUUUGUGUUUGACCUGAUCUGGGGUCCUGGUCUGACCUUUGACCCCAUCUAAACAGUCGUAGAAGUUCAGACUUUAACACAGUCACUCAUCAACGUCUGAAUGAAACUAAAUGUUGAUUCAGUUCAGAACAAAACGCUGAUUUCACACACAGUGACGUUCUCUAGAAUCCUCUUAUUAACUUUGACUAAAACACUUAAUGAAAGUGGACAGAACGUUCCUUUAACGGCUGAAAACAGUGAACUUACCCUUUAAUGUGUCCACGGACGUCGCGGUGCCGUUGUCAGACAACACUGGGACACGCCCACUUUCUACUGAGUCAUCAGUUGCUAUAGUGAUAGUGUUUUCUGUGUGUGCUGCGUUCAUAUACUUGUGUCAGUGGGAAAUUGAAAACAAACUGUUCGUCAUCGUCAGACUCUACGUUUCCUGAAGCUUUGAAUCUGAAGGAAAAACGAAAUAUGUGAAAGAAUGUUUUUCAGUUAUUUGUAAAUAAAGAUUUUUCACAAUGAGACGA